AUGGAUGACCCAAAUCAUGCAGCACUUGUUGAGGCCUCUAAUAGCAGCGAGCAUAUGACCAUUAUAGAUGCUUAUAUGCCAUAUGAAUCAAUAGAAUCUGAAUACCAACAAGCCAUAGAUGGAAAUAAUCUGACUCCUAGAAAUAGCACAAAGCCGACAAGAAAAUCUGAUUUGGUGUCCCUUUGAAUUACGAAAGAUUCCUAUAAUCAAUUUUGUUCAAAAAGAAAUACAAUUCGACAAGAAAAAGGCAACAACACCACUGAGAAGAACGAUAAAUGCUCAUGUGUAACAUUUUAA